GAACAAGACGAUCUAACACAGUAUAGUUUUGUUAGGCGCGCGAACUACUAUUCGCGGCCAAGGAACAAAAAGCGCAAAUGCUAGAAAUUCUUCAAAAUGCCAUGGUUGGAAUAACUAUUUGUCACAACGUUGAACUCAUGGAAAAUUUGGAAGGCGUUUAUCGGUAAAAAGAAUUAGUAAACGAUUGCAAUAACCUUACCUUUUACUGAAUGACAGAGGUAGUGAAGUAAUUUUCAUAGAGAGUGGGAGAGAAAGUGUUAGUGCGGGCCCGCCCAGGUGACGGGCCCGCCGCUGUGUUAAAUAAGUAACAUAAAAGCUGAAAAAUGGAGCAGUUCGAAUCACUGCUAACAUGUUGUGUGUGCUUGGAUCGAUACAGGAAUCCAAAACUCCUGCCAUGUCAACACAGCUUCUGUAUGGAGCCGUGUAUGGACGGCUUAGUGGAUUACGUUAGAAGACAGGUCAAAUGUCCAGAAUGCCGCGCCGAACACCGUAUUCCCUACCAGGGAGUCCAGGGAUUUCCAACAAAUGUAACACUGCAACGGUUUUUAGAACUACAUGCUCAAAUUGCUGGAGAACUACCUGAUCCCACAGCAGGACAGGUUAUGGAAAGAUGCAAUGUUUGCUCAGAAAAAGCAUAUUGUGCACCUUGUGCUCAUUGCGACAAGAAAGUGUGCGAAGAAUGCAAAUCAGCUCACAUGGAAGUCCUGCGUAGAGAAAUAACUAGAAUAAAUAAUCAAAUACGACGCGGCGUACAUAGGCUUCAGGAUAUACUUGGUAUAGUCGAACGAAACACAUCAAACCUCCAAACAAACUGCGCUGCAGUAUCAGGAGAAGUUGAUGAAAUACACAAGAGAUUAGCUAAAGCGCUAAAAGAUCGAACAGAUUUCUUGCGAAAUGAAAUUGACCGUUACUUAGCAACUGAACUCAGAAACCUAACGCACCUCAAAGAUAAUUUAGAAUUAGAAUUAAGUAAUAUACAAAGUAACUGUGAUGUCGCCGAUAAAUACAUGAAUGAUGACGUGGAAUGGGAAGACACAGAACUAGUCGAUACUAAAGAAAUAUUUUUGAAGACCGUAGAAUUUCUAAGGAACUUCGAUUAUGAAGCUGGUGAUUAUAAUCGUAGGAUACGGUUUAUUAUGACUCAUGAUCCUAAUCAACUUGUUAUGCAUGUUGCUAGUUACGGUGAAUUAAAUAUUACCAACCCUGCUCACACAAGUGGAUAUGGUGGAAGUAGCUUGCAACCUUCUCAAGGUCUUACCAGGUCUAAAAGUGACCACCGUCUCGCUACACAGUUCCGGCAACAAGAAGAAACUAAAAGUUAUUAUGAUAUUGAUGAACCUAUUCUUGGAGGUCGUAAAUUUGGUGAGCGUCGGCCCCCACCGCCUGAAAAACCCACAAGGGAAUACGGUGCAACUGAUGACUAUAGUGGCUAUGAGUCGGAACAUCGUCCUUCUCGUCGAUUCAGAUCCCGUUUCGUCAGAAGUCAUCAACAAGACAAUGACUCUGAUACAGAACAGGCUACGCGCAAUAUAAAAUCUGAACAUAAAGAGAAAGAAAAAGAAAAAGUGACUGACACAGAAGAUGCUACCCGUGGUCCUCUGAGUGGUAUAUUCCGCUUAAGCGAUUGCCCACGAGUUAUGCAAAGAAUGUUGGACGUGGACAGUGGCAAGAAAAAAGAAAAGAAAGAACCUCCACCGCCACCAAAACCCGUUCAGCCGACACCUCCAACUCAGCGUCGACCACCACCUGCUCGACAACAAAGUGAAGAUGAUGAAAUAUCCCGUCUUAAAAGACAAAAUAAAGCUACAUCUUCUCAAGAAGCUGAACGGGCUGCACAAAGGGCUGUGGAAGAAGAAAGAAAUUCGAUUACUCGAAAACCACCCACACCAGCCCGGGAGGCAUCCAGUGAUGGAGAAUCAGAUGAAUCUCUUGGUACACUGCAAAGAAAUCAACGCAAGAAUACAACUACAGCAACAAAAACACCAGUUCCAACGCCACGUCGACCUUCAGCCACUGAGACUCCCACCUCUCAUCGCGUUCCUGCAAGAGCUGCUAGCACUGAAUCAAGUGCUUCUACAGAAAGUUCCGGCUCGGCGGUUAAACAUACAGGUGCUAUAUUAUCGAUUGAAGAGUUAAAAGCUAAAUAUAGCAAUGACGGACUUCCAUCAAAACCAAGAUCUCGUUUUUUGUCCGCAGGCGGUGAUAGAACGACAACAGCAACUACAAAUGGCACUGUCAGUGGUGCUCAACGUAUCCAGAGUAGAUUUAUAGGCUCACAGCGACCAACGCCCGCUCCAGCACCCGCCGAGCCGGCUCAAGAAGACUCUGAUUCUAGCUCUGAGGAGGAAACAGACUCGUCAGAGGAGAGUGAAGAGGAGCCUGCAUCCCAACGAAAGCCCGAGAGCCAAGCGAUGGCCCGCACUGAUAUUGGUCCAUUACUUGCUCGCAGCAACAACGCUAGAAGUGAUGCGCAAGACAAUAAAAACAAAGACAGUCCUACGCAGCCACGCUAUCGUACUCGACCGCAACCAGCUGAGGAAGAAACGCCUCGUUAUGGAAAUUCUGCUUCCUCAUACAGUAAUCGCUAUGGUAGCAAACCUAAAGAAGAAGAACCAACAUCUUCUUUUGACGAUGAAUCUAAAUAUCCGACUGCACGCUCUAGAUAUUUAGCAUUGAAAGAGCGACGUAAUCGUUUAGCAAGAAGUAAAAGUAGUCAUAGUGGUUUCGGUGCUGGUGACGAUGAUGAUCAAGACGAACCAGUAUCACCUACCACAGCUUCACCUUCUGCAUACCUCGCGGCUCGAUACGGCACCGGCACAGGUGGUUCAGAGUUGUCUCGAAGUCGAUCAUCACAUGCUCUUAAAUCUAGGGAAAGCUCUCCUGAACGUCCUGUAACAGGCGAAAAGGAUGGAGCAGCCUUAAGUUCAUGGGCACGCUACUUGAAGAGCAAGUAUGGUUCGCGGGGAAAAGACCGCGAUACGAGUGGUUCCUCAACGAGUGCAUCCCGUCGCCUGUCUCUCGGGCUACCAUUAAGAUCAGCAAAUGAGCUUGCCAGUUCUGAUGAUGAUUCAAAAAACGCGGCAGGCUCCCCCAUCUCCCCUACGGCGGCUACAGCAGCGGUAGCAGGUUUCGCAGCAGCAGGUUCCUCCCCUAGGAGCCAGUAUCUGCAGAAACGCCGUUUACAAUUCAGCGUGGGGAGUCGGGGGAGCGAACCCGGCUACUUUACUUGGCCUCGUGGUAUCGCUGUGGGUCCCGACAACACUAUGGUUGUGGCUGACUCAUCUAACCAUCGAGUCCAGGUAUUUGAUUCAAAUGGAAUAUUCGUGAAAGAGUUCGGUCAAUAUGGCAGUUCUGAAGGCGAAUUUGACUGUCUGGCUGGUGUGGCAGUUAACAGAAUAGGGCAAUACAUCAUUGCUGACAGAUAUAAUCAUCGGAUACAGGUAUUUGAUCCAGCCGGUCGCUUCCUGAGGUCAUUCGGAAGUCAGGGUACCGGGGAUGGGAAGUUUAACUACCCAUGGGGUAUCACCACGGACGCUCUCGGAUUCAUUUACGUUUGUGAUAAGGAAAACCAUAGAGUCCAGGUAUUCCAAUCCGAUGGCACAUUCGUGGGCAAAUUCGGGUCUUUUGGCUCCAAACUGGGACAAUUGGAGCACCCUCACUAUAUAGCAGUAUCAAACACCAACCGCGUCUUAGUCUCCGAUUCUAAUAACCACAGAAUCCAGGUGUUUGAUGUGAAUGGAAGGGUGUUAUCUUCAUUUGGAGAAGAAGGCUCGGAGGAUGGACAGUUCAAGUUCCCAAGGGGUGUGGCCGUGGAUGAUCAAGGGUAUAUAGUGGUCGCAGAUUCUGGUAACAACCGUAUUCAGAUCUUCCACCCCGACGGAAGCUUCCUACGUGCUUUUGGCUCUUGGGGUUCAAGUGAUGGAGAGUUCAAAGGUUUAGAAGGCAUAGCUGUUAUGUCAAAUGGCAACAUUAUAGUAUGUGACCGAGAGAAUCAUAGAGUACAAGUGUUUUGAGAUUCUUCAGGAAUACAGUUCAAGAACCGUGUUCAAUAAUUCUAUCUUUUCUUGUAAAUAAUUAUAACUAAUUAUAAUUGUUAACAGUGUUUCUAUCUAUCUGCUCUACUCUAUCUUCUCACAGCUGCCUUUAUUUCGGAUGACAUCUAUUACACUACCUAAUAUUAAUCUGUUAUAUCACACCAUUACUAAUUCACAAGUAUCCUUCAAUCAUUUUAAUUGCACUUAUAUAAUGCGGCUUAUCAAGUUACAAAUGUUUUAAAUUAACAUAGAUUCUUGUAAAUACUGAAUCGAUCAUUGUUAACUGCUUUCUGUUUUGGUUCGAGAUUGAACGACCGUGAAAAGGUGAUCUAACUUAUCAGCUGUUUAUUGCCGUCGUUUAAGUUAGAUUAAGUAUGCGAUUUUAAUAAAAUCCUUGAUCUAUAAUUCUCCUAACGAGCAUAUCCAUUAUAAUAUACUCGUAUAUAUCGUUCGGUAUUAACAGUUCAAUAUUAAAUUUAUAUCCAUUUAAUUUUGCAUAAAGCUCUAUAGGUAUUUGUUCUAAUUGGCAAUCCGAUAUCGAAUCUUAGCGAAAUGAACACCUACCUCUUAAUUAAAUUAAAAGGGAUCAAAUUUUAAUGUUAUCUGGAAAGAAAAUUUCAAUAACGAAAAUUUGCUAACCUACUUAAAAGAAUGAGGUUCAUGUGUCAGCACUCCUUGAUGAUUUAUUAUUUUCACUAAUUAACUUUGAUUAUUGCAAUGUUAUUUCUUAUUUAAAAAUGUAAUAUUAACGAUCUUUAUACAAUUAUUCGAUUCGAUAAACUAAAAUUUAAUUUAUCCAAAACGAUCUAUUUAUCACGCUUCCAUAUAUUUCUUGAUUAUAAAAAGAGCUUGUGUUCGGUGACCUGAAUGAAGUGAGCAACAACCAGAAAAAUAUUUUCAAGAUAUUUGCGAAUGUGUGGAACAAAAUUAUUCAUUUAAAACUAGAUUUUGUUAUUCACUCGAUUUUGUUGCAAGGUGACCUAUUUAAAAACUGACAUUCUUUUAUAAUGCUUCUGUACACUAUUAAAGGCACUUGGAAUUUAAUUUGGGUUUUAAUAACAUUAAUUUUCACGUUUCACGUCAAAUUUGUUUCCCCGCCCUAGUGAACGUUUUAUAGCAAGCAAAAACUUAACAUUAUUUCAUAUUUAAGGUAGUCAAAUAAUCUAGUCAUUUUAUAAUUAUACAAAUUUUCAAUGUGCCAAAGACUUGCCUGUACAACUUUCUCUAAUGCUUAUCUUAAAACUAUUUACGCAUUAUUAAAUAUAAGGCAACUUUGUAAUGUUCUCUAUAAUAUACUGUGUUUAUUUCAA